AGGGACGCAACUCGGAUUAAACGUGAUUUUCUAUCGAGAUGGCUGAAUCAACAAGUGCAGACGUUCAGGUUUUUGCCCCUCUACAGAAUGAUCUGAUUUUACGGGCUGCGAGAGGGGAAAAUACAGAAAGAGUUCCGGUAUGGGUGAUGAGACAGGCUGGAAGAUACUUACCAGAAUAUAAAGCAGCCAAAGGGGAUAAGGCAUUCUUCGCUACAUGUCGAGAUCCAGAACUGGUGUGUGAACUUACCAUUCAGCCUGUAAAGAGAUUUGAAGUUGAUGCUGCUAUCAUAUUUUCUGAUAUCCUAAUUAUACCUUUAGCUGUAGGUUUAACAGUAGCUAACGACCCAGGACAGGGUCCUGUUUUUGCGGAUCCCAUAUUAUUACCGAGUGAUGUAGAUAGAUUGAAUCCUAAACCAGACAUGGUGAAAGAACUUGGUUAUGUUUAUGAAGCCAUUACGUUAACUAGGAAGACAUUAAAAGGAAAAGUUCCAUUAUUUGGAUUUGCAGGAGCACCAUGGACGUUAGUUAAAUUUAUGAUAGAGAACGUAAGCGCUGGUCCUAAUCCUAAUAGAGCCAGACGAUUUCUAGUGGAAUAUCCUGUAGCUGCUCGUAAACUAUUAGAGAUAUUAACAGAUGCAGUUAUAACACAUCUUGUUCUACAAAUAAAAGCUGGAGCACAGAUAGUACAAGUUUUUGAUUCAUAUGGAGGUGAAUUAGGUCCUAAAUUAUUUAAUGAAAUGGAAUUACCAUGUUUGCGAAGAAUAUCUCAUGAAGUUAAAAAAAGAUUAGUUGAAGAAAAUCUCGAACCUGUCCCCAUGAUAAUAUUUGCUAAAGAUGCCCAUUUUGCUGUAGAAGAAUUAGCUAAUAGUGGUUACGAUGUGGUGGGGUUAGACUGGACAAUGAAGCCUACUCAUGCCAGACGUUUAGCUGGACCUAAUGUAACUUUACAAGGCAACAUGGAUCCUGUUAUGAUGUUUGCAUCCAAGGAAGAGAUCAAGAAGGCAACAAAAGAAAUGGUACAGAAAUUUGGUACUCAGAGAUAUAUAGCUAAUCUAGGUCAUGGUGUAAUGAAAGAUACGGAUCCCGAUCAUUUAGGAGUUUAUAUAGAUUCUAUACAUCAGUAUUCAGAAGAAAUAAAUGCUACAGCUUAAUAGUAUUAUAAUAUUCCUUUUACUUAUAACCAAUCUAAUUAAAACACAGAUCCUAUCUAGUUUCAUUUUUUAUAGUUCAAGAUUUCGUUUUACUUGUCUUUACUACACUAGGAUCUGGAAGAGUUGUUAUAUUACUCGCGUUCUGGAUGAUGUGAGUGAUUAGCCAAUGAAACGGUCUGUUAGCGUGAGAUUUUGGCAUGAGGUGCACAGAACUUUGGGUAACCCACUAGAAACAUUUGAUUUUCAAAUGUCUGACAUCAUAGGGUUAAAAGCCGUUUGUAUGAUCUCUGACGUGACCUUCCACUAUAACCAGUAAGACCUUCUUGUAUUGUAGGCCAUCGAAAGUCAGAUCUUCUUGUAUUGUAGACGAUCGAAAUUAUAAAAAAACGAAAAGAAAUAUAGAUCUGUAUUUUAAUCAGACUGAGUUAUAAUCGACAAUCUGUCCAGUGUCAAUCUCGAGCUUCAUUCAUGAAAACUUAAACUUAAAAUGGUUUAAGAAAACUGAUGUUUCAUUGGCUUAGCACUAAAAUUAUUGCACAAAUUUGAGCUUUUGGCCAAUUAAAAGGCUGUUUUCUUAAAAUAUUUAAAAGUUUUAUUGAAUAAGGCCCGAGACCUAGAAAUAAUCAUUUUAUCAUUUGAGUUACAACUGACAUAAUGUCAGGCACAAACGAACUAGUUAGUACGUGACAUUUUGAACUUUAUAUAAAUAUCAUUGAAAACAAAUCUGUGCAGAGACAAAAUGGCAGACAUUAGAGGAAUUGUGCCUAAUAAAGCCUAGAUUUGUGCCUGAUAAAGCCUAGAUUUGUGCCUGAUAAUGCACUAUUUCAAGGCUUGCUAUAUAAUUUCUGAUGCCUGUGAAUGAUAGAAUUUUUAUAUAUAUAUAUAUAUAUAUAUAAAGACUUUCAUCAGGUGAGUGUAAAAGUAAAAGUGUCCAUUUACUAUAUUUAAUAAUUUAUUAAUCAAAAUAAUACAUAAGAUCAAACCAGGUCAAGAUUUUAUUUUCACACAAAUCAGACAAGAUUGAGCAGUAUGCAUAUCCUUCAGUUGGUUAGUCCCGUUUCCCGGAGUAACAAAGAUACGGAGUAACAAAGAUACGGUAUUAUAAUUCUAAAAAUCAUUAUUUUAUUAUAUUAGAGCUAGAAGAUGACGUCUACCAUGUUGCUUCUAAACUCUCACUGUAUUUAGUUAUUGAUGGGAACAAAAGUCAUGUAUGCAAAAGUCAUGUAUGCUUGAAGAGUCCUGUAUGCAAGAGUCGUGAGUGAGAAUCCCUGAUGCUCUAUCUCAUUUAACAUGGCUUUAGUUUCUGUGGGUUCAGUCCACAAUUUAAAAAAAAAAACAGGAUUUAUUUUUAAUGUAUAAAUUGUGAAUGACACAACUUACCAACUCCUGCAGUCAAUAUUAUAUUAUUAUAAUAAUCUGAUGUUAUGAAGUUGUCAAUCAAACUGAUUGUUUAUUUUGAUUUUAUAAUAUUUUGUUAUAUCUUCAUAUUUUAGAAAUUAUAUUUUAGUUAAAUAUUUUUGGUUGUUACUAUAUUUUUGUUAGUGAAACAUACAGAUUACAAUUUCAUUUCAUUAAUGUUUUUCUGAUAUAGACAACAGCUAUAUGGCUCUAGUCAUGACUACCAGUCUUCACUGACUGGUAGUAAUAAUUACCAUCCUACCAGACAAUUUCAAUUAGAAUUUUAUAAAAUUUAACAUUAAAAUUUAAUAAAAAUGAAGAGGCAUGAAUUUGAUUUAAUAAAAUUGAAGAGGCAUGAAUUUGAAUUACAACAGGGUGACAAUAUAACCCACUUUAAUUUGAUUUUAAAUUCGUUUGGAUCUUUUUACGGGGAGUCAAGGUAAUUAAUUAGUUAAAUAGUUGGCCGAAGAUUCAUUUGCAGGAAAUCCAGAAAAAUUAUAAAUAUCAUUGGUUUGAUAUUUUAUUCGCCCAUAUCGAAAUGCGGUCGUUUAUGCCGUCGCCCCGUCCGUAGGUCGGUAUGGCGUCCGCAAUUGCUUGUGGACGCUCUAGAUGCUAAAUGUAUUAUCCAAUUUCCGAUUAUUACUACCAGAGUUAUGGCCCGUGAUCACUUGAGAAACCUUGUGGAUGUUCUAGAGGCUAAAGUUAAUAUAAAUUUAUACACACGGUGUUUAAGGUCACGAGACAAACGAUCGAAAACAAAUUCUAAUGUUUUCUGAUAAUUACUUAAAGGAUUGUUACUCGUAAUCAGAUUUUAGUGUGUUGUAAAUGUUUCAAUUACUUACAAAAACAAAUAUGAGACAACCCCGUUUACUGCCCGGACGACUUUGCUGCUGUGGGAGUAUGUAUCGUUGCCUGGCAAUCUAUCUUAGAACUUUUAAAUUAAAGAAUAUCUGAAUUUAUUAAUGUUUUUUUCUAUUAAUUUGUUUUGUUGUGUGUGAGGUAAAGGUAUUAUUAUUUGGGAAUGGUUAAUGCUUUAAUUGUGGGGAUUGGAAGAAUAUCAAAGUUUUAACAGUUGAAAUGUUGGGUAAUAUUAUUUGUAUAGGAUAUAGUUGAGAAAUGUUAAGCCCUUCAUGGAUUAUACUGACAAGGUGUUGAGAGAUUAACAGCUACCCAGUAAAAUUUAAAUAACCGCCGAUACGGCCCGGUCAUCAGGGCCUCUGUUCACAUUUUCUAGUCUGUAUAAUAUAUGAAAUCUAUAUUUCAUCUGCCGCGUUUACAUGAUACUUCACUGAGUACACGUUUGGUCCUUGGUUUUUCAUCCCAUACGAACGACUGGUCACACUGACUUGUGAUAACCGGCCUUGAAGAAUCAUAAUGGUUCUUCUCGGUCCUUGUCGGGAUUUAAACCCGUUAUAUUCUGGUCGAGAUCCCAGUACCUUACCGAACGACUCCCGUGGACACCAACAUGUAUAGUACCGACUUAUUUUAGAACGUCAUUAUUCUCUCACGUCGUCUGUGAAUUAUGAAUUGAAAAAUAUUAUACUUUCAUUUGUAUCAUUUUAUUAUCUUUAUAUAAGCCUGCAUAUCAUUUAUAUACUGCCAUUUAAAAUAUACUGAUAUAUACCUUAUAGAGUUUUAUAUAUUAAUUAUAUUUUUGAUAAAUGCUACCCCGGUGAAAUUCUUCUCGCGUAUCUUGUGAUUUCUUCAACCGAACCAGAUUUAAAAAAAAAAAAAAAAUCCCGUAGCUAACUAUAUUUGGACAGUCUCGUAGCUAGUUAUAAUUGGGGCUGCUCGUAGCUAACUAUAUUUAGGGACUUCCCGUAGCUAACUAUAUUUGGGAAAUUUCCGUAGCUAACUAUAUUUGGGUAGUCCCGUAGCUAUCUAUAUUUGGGAGGUCCAUUAGCUAUAUAGUUAUAGAAUUGGGGCUUCCCCUAGCUAACCAUAUUGGGUAUUUCCCGUAGCUAUCUAUAUUUGGGAGGUCCAUUAGCUAGUUAUAGAAUUAGGGCUUCCCCUAGCUAACCAUAUUGGGUAUUUCCCGUAGCUAACUAUAUUUGGGAACUUCACAUAGCUACUUAUAUUUGAAGAUAUUCUAUAGCUAACCAUAUUUGGACAGUUCCCGUAGCUAACUAUAACUAUUUGUUGAACUGGUACAUUCGUAUUUUAAUUUAAACAGGAAUCUGUGUUUAUUAUUAAAAUAGGAUUGGUUGAUUAAGAUAAGACAAACGGUAACGAUUCUCAUUUGUGGCUUAUUAUCUCUAGAACAGUGGUUCUCAACCUUUUUUGCCAACUGCACACCCUGGAACACAUGAAUAAAUAGCGGCACGCCUGGCUAAAUAUAUAUGAACGCAUAGGCACAUAGAAUGACUCAAACUAAAUAAAGAAAAACACAGCAGUGUUUCGAAUUUCACCAGUCAAAUAGCUGACUUCUUUAGUGAGAAAUUUUCUUAUAGUGUGUCGUUCAAAAUUUCGAGGCACAUGUAGAAAGAUCUGGCGGCACACCUGGUUGAGAAUCACUGCUCUAGAAGAUUAUCUAUUAUAUAAUGGGCAAGGCUUUGUUUACUGAUGAUUAUAUAUUAUAUUAUACGAGCAGUCAUUAAACUGGUUACAAAUAAA